GGAAGAGAGUCCAGUGUGUAUGUGAGGGACAGUCAAGCAGGCGCGAGUUCUGCUGGCUUCACCGAGCAGAGACACACUCUGCGUUUGGACCGGGACGCCACGAUUCUUUUCACUCCACAGGCUUACAUUACACGUCUCAAAACCGCCGAUGCUUUAUUCAUGUAUAUGGAUUGAAGACUAUCUUACUGGAUCUGAUAUUAACUUGGAACGCCGGCAGCAUCUCCAAAGACUCACCUGCGGAUCAGCAGCUCAGACGAUUCGAGCCACUUUUGAUGAGAUUCUGGGAGGACCGUCGGCUCACACUGUCAGUCGAAGGUAAACUGGAGGUCUUGGCUAGAAUGCUCCGGGCAUGAUCUGUCUACACCAUCCGGUGCCGAAAAACAAGAAACCACCUUUUACAAGUCUGAAGCCUGGAAUCUUCACACGAGAUCAGGAGAUAAGGACUCGGAGAGAGUAGAGAAGUGGUAUUGAGGUGUUGGGCAGGGGGCCGCUGGUGCAUGUGGGGGCAGUGCACAUCCCUUCCCGGAGAGUGGAAGCCCACGUCCCCCAUGCCGUCCCCUGCCCAAACUGUUCUCGCCAUCUUCUGCAAUGGUGACAUGAGCACAGGCAUUACGGAUUCCAACCCAUCUUUUUCGCCCUCUUUCUGUAAAAAGCAUCCAAUAGACUUGACUUCUCACUUGUGAAAAGAGGACCGUUUGGAGUGGUUGCAAGGCGAUGAUGCUGAUGUGUGCACGUGUAAGGCGGCUCUUCCGUCAGCUCACGCUGCAGACCAGCCUGCUGCUGCUCUUCCUUUUCUGCAUGGUCAGUGUCCUCAUUUCGGCUUAUUUCCUGUAUGGCGUCAAACGCGAGCUUGAACCAGCCGGAGGCAUGGCGGUCCCCGAGGAAGAUACGGACGAUUGGGAGGAUCCCCGGGCGACUCCCUCUCUGCCGUCAGCACGGGUGCUGCCUGCAAGAACAGCCAAACCGGCGGACAUGUCUCGAACUGACCCAGUGGUGCUAGUGUUUGUGGAGAGCUUAUAUUCUCAGUUGGGCCAGGACAUCGUAGCCAUUUUGGAAUCGGGGAGGUUUCGCUACCAAACUGAGAUUGCACCUGGAAAGGGCGAUAUGCCCACACUUACCGACAAGAACCGGGGCCGUUUCACUCUGGUCAUUUACGAGAACAUCCUGAAGUAUGUCAACUUGGAUGCUUGGAACAGGGAGUUGCUGGAUAAGUACUGUGUGGAAUACGGUGUUGGCAUCAUCGGCUUUUUCAAGGCUAAUGAGAACAGUUUGCAGAGCGCCCAGCUGAAGGGCUUUCCACUCUUCCUGCACUCCAAUCUGGGUUUAAGGGACUGCAGCGUCAACCCCAAGUCACCACUGUUGCUCAUCACCAAGGCCCGGGAGGUUGAACGGGGUCCCUUACCUGGAGACGACUGGACGGUCUUCCAGUCCAACCACACCACCUAUGAGCCUGUGCUGUUAGCUCAUGGACGGAGCAUGGAGGCUGCUGGAGCCCCCGGACCCCUUCAUGCAGCGGUGGUCCAGGAUUUGGGUCUUCACGAUGGUAUCCAGCGGGUGUUGUUUGGGAACAACCUCAACUUUUGGCUGCACAAACUGGUACUGGUGGACGCUGUGAGUUUCUUGACUGGCAAGCGUCUGUCACUGGCUCUGGAACGCUACAUACUGGUGGAUAUCGAUGACAUCUUUGUUGGGAAAGAGGGCACGCGGAUGAAGGUGUCAGACGUCAAGGCCCUGCUGGAGAAGCAGAACGAACUCCGAACUCACGUGCCCAAUUUUACCUUCAACCUGGGAUUCUCUGGAAAGUUCUUUCAUGCUGGCACAGAUGAGGAGGAUCUUGGUGAUGACCUGCUUCUGUCAUACAGUAAAGAGUUCUGGUGGUUCCCUCACAUGUGGAGUCACAUGCAGCCGCAUCUCUUCCACAACCAGUCUGUGUUGGCCGAACAGAUGCUGCUUAACCGCAGGUUUGCAGAGGAGCAUGGCAUUCCCACAAACAUGGGUUACGCGGUGGCUCCGCAUCACUCUGGAGUGUAUCCCAUCCAUAUGCAGCUGUACGAGGCCUGGAAGAGAGUGUGGGGCAUCAAGGUGACCAGUACAGAAGAAUACCCUCAUCUCAAACCCGCCCGCUUCCGCAGGGGCUUCAUCCACAGCGGCAUCAGUGUGUUGCCCAGACAGACGUGUGGUCUCUUCACUCACACGAUCUUCUAUAAUGAGUAUCCCGGAGGCUCGAAAGAGCUGGACAAACUCAUCAACGGAGGAGAACUUUUCCUCACCGUACUCCUCAACCCAAUCAGCAUCUUCAUGACCCACCUGUCCAACUACGGGAAUGACCGCCUCGGACUGUACACCUUCAAGAACCUGGUGAAAUUCACACAGAUGUGGACCAACCUGAAACUCCAGACCCUCCCGCCCGUACAGCUGGCACAGAGAUACUUUCAAAUCUUCCCCGAGGAGAGGGAGCCCAUCUGGCAGGACCCGUGUGAGGACAAACGGCAUAAAGACAUCUGGUCUAAAGAGAAGACCUGCGACCGUUUCCCCAAGCUGCUUAUCAUCGGCCCUCAGAAGACAGGAACUACUGCCCUCUAUCUGUUUCUCGGCAUGCACCCCGAUCUGACCAGCAACUACCCCAGCAAAGAGACCUUUGAGGAAAUUCAGUUCUUCAAUGGCCGAAACUACCACAAAGGCAUCGACUGGUACAUGGAGUAUUUCCCUCUUCCCUCCAACACGAGUUCGGAUUUCUACUUCGAGAAAAGCGCCAACUACUUUGACUCCGAGGUCGCGCCCCGGCGAGCAGCUGCUCUUUUGCCCAAAGCCAAAAUCAUCACCAUUCUGAUCAACCCAGCUGACAGAGCCUAUUCCUGGUAUCAGCACCAGAGGGCACAUGACGAUCCCGUGGCUCAGAAAUAUACAUUCCAUGAUGUCAUCACAGCUGGCCGGGACACGCCCAUCAAACUGAGGGUCCUCCAGAGCCGCUGUCUGGUGCCCGGCCUGUACGCCACACACUUACAACGCUGGCUCACACACUACCACCCCAGCCAGAUCCUGGUUCUGGAUGGACAGAUGCUAAGAACAGAACCGGCUGCAGUGAUGGACAAAAUCCAGAAGUUCAUAGGCUUGACGAACACACUAAACUACCACAAGAUCUUAGCGUUUGAUCCGAAGAAGGGCUUCUGGUGCCAGCUGCUCGACGGAGGGAAGACCAAAUGCCUGGGGAAGAGCAAGGGGAGGAGAUAUCCGGACAUGGAUGUUGAUUCUCGAACCUUCCUCAGAGAGUAUUACCAUGAGCACAACAUUGAGCUUUCCAAGCUGCUGUACAAAAUGGGCCAGCCGCUGCCUAGCUGGCUCAGAGAGGAACUGCUCCACAGCAGGUAGCGUGAGGAGAGGGGUGGGGACACAUCGGUUAGACUCAGACACCCCAGCUUUUGAGGGGACUCGCCCUCUUGUCCACCCCUGCCAGCCACCGGCCACGUGGUUGACCAAGUCUCCUCCAGCGACCUUGCGGAACUCCAGGGGACUGACCUUCUGGAGGACAAGAUGAAGAGGAAGAGAAAGCAAGGAAAUUGCACUUAGGUGCACUUGUGGUUCUGUUCCGUUUUGGAGAACAGUGAGGAGCCUAAACCACACCCCUGGGGUACACCUGCCACAAGUCCUCGACAUAGGAUGACGAUGGGAGGCUUCAAAAGACUGUCUACUCCUCUGGUGUGUUGAAGUACCAGGGAACUCUGUCUUAACAUUAAAACUGGACACCCUCCCAGUAUGGGAGAGGAGGGCAUUUAUCUAUAUGUGACGGAGCUGUAGAUGUACGUCGAUCAUCAGUGUGGACAACACAAGUUAAUAACAGAUAAACAAGUGCCAGGAUGGAAGAGUCACACUUUCUUUCUUUGUUAAAUCUUCUUUUAACACUCAUUUCAUGUGUUUGCACAACACGAGGCCCUUGGCCUUGUAGUUUUAUUCUUCUAAACAGUUUUUAUUUCAGAGGGUAUUGAGCCCGUUCAUUACAGCUGCACCCUCUGGGCCUAAAAUGUGACAUUUAAAGGUGAAAUUUCAUUACAGUGUAUUUAUGGCUAUUAGUUGCGAAUCCACGGGACAGCUUAAUAAUGCGUGAUUAAUUGUGGUACUAAAACACAAAUAAGCUACAUCCAUAAUCAAUGUGACUGUAAAUAUGAAAAAGCUGGGUAUGCCGUAGGCCCGUUAUGUGUGCAGUAACUGCCUUAAUGCAACUUUUUCAAGCCAAUUGACGGUUAAAUUCGCAAAAGUAUACGUGUUUUGACAUGCCUCGAGGGGCGUAAUCUUUUCAUUUUAAUGAUGAAUGUCAAGAACUGGACCCUUAUGUUAUUUUGGCAUUAUAGCAAAUCUCACUGGAGCGUUAAAUAGUUUUGUCAGUAAGGGUAUUGCCAUUUUAAUGAUGAUUCAUAAAAGUUGCCUGCCAAUUUUUUAUCCUUUUUUAAUGAAUGUUUCACCCCUUUUAAAUUUUAUGUGAUAUCACAGCAUCUGUUUAGUUUGCAUUCAGGAAUGUCAUCAGAAUGUGUUGAGGAAUGUAUCGCCUCCGCCGAGAAAGUUUAUAAGGCCAUUAUGACUCAUCUUCUGUAGUAGGAACUGUUGAUUGCUACUGAACCGUAAGAAUUACACCCAUGAAUGUAAGCGAGGAAGCUGUAUAAUAGGCAGGGGCAGUCGGCGGAAAGCUCCACAAAGCCCCGUAACCCAGAGAUGGUGCUGAAUUGAACCACUGCGUUAAUUGAUUUUAUUUCUCAAGACUUGCUGCUGAAAUGAGAAGUCCAGAAACAAGCCAGAGUCUCAUUUUAUGUACAGUAUACCACACAAUUAAUUGGAUUUAAUUUUGUUCCAUCUUUUUUCUCCAUUCGUCUUUGAAAAGUUUCAUGCACUUUCUUCUGUACUUCCACGCUCGGUUACUUCAGAGCUCACGUCACACUAAAAGCUGUGUGAACUAGCCGUUCAUCCAAAGAGAAUGUUUGUCUUUUUCAAGAUGGUCCCUCAAAAGAAGCAGCUUCAGCCAGACAAGAAUUGCUGUUUGAUGGCUUUCACUUCAACUAAGGACCCUGUUAGUAAAAGCAGCUUGUGGUUAUUUGUGGGUUCCGCAGAAAAGGCAUCGAAAGAAAGCGCAGAUUGAACUGUAUUUGAUCUUGAAUAACCCCAGAUGUUCCUGUUUUAGGAAGGGGGACAUUUGGGUGAGGGGUCACAUGCUCGACGCACAGUUUUGCAAUAUUACAAAUAGAGAGCGGACAGUAUCAGAGAGCGUUUAUUUUCGAUAAUGCAGAUCUUAUUUGUAAAAACUGUACAGCCCAUUAUUUUCUUCAUUGACCUUCAAGUAUGAUGCUUGAGAAGCACAAAGUCUGCGUUGUUGACCAAGGAGCGGAAACACGUUUCGAUGCAUAUCUCUCGUGGAAGGGAUAUCACUACACUCUCUACAGGCUUUUGGGUCCACGGAACAUUUUGUAUUACCAGUAACUUUUACAAACAGUUUUACUGGGUCUUGGUUUAAAUGUAAGUAGUUUACAACUGUCUACGGUACAAAACCAUGCACCUUACAUGCUGCUCUCAGAAUAGUCAUGAUCGCGUAAUAUUCGACUCGUCCAUCGUCAUUUAGUAUUCAUGCUCCCUAGCCGACAACUGACAUCUAAAAAUGCAAUAUUGUGUUUCCUGGGAAAAUAGGAAGUUUUGCACCAAGCACAAAUUAUGUUUAAACAAAAUGUCUGUCGCAGUGUACAGAAUCCAUUUAUUAUGAGUGAAUGGAACAAAGAGAAUAUGAAAUAUUGUUAUGGUUUUUUAUAUUUUGACCACACUCACACAAAUGUGCAGAGGGGUCCCCAUGACUUUCACACUGCCAAUAUUGUGCUUUCUGUAUCAUAAUGUAGGGUAUCAAUAGAUGGAAUAAAAUAACUAAGGAAAUGAUCAUCUGGACUGUACAAUCAAACCUACCGUUGUUAAUAUUUUUUAUUGUUGGUAGCCAAUAUUUUUGUGAUUAAUUUGCAAAUAAAGAAACCACUGUC